AUCAGCAAUCCUCACGAAAAAAGAAAUGUUUGUAGAUCAUGCCUCAAAAAUUUAAUAAGAUAACGUUUGUCCAAAUGAUGACAAGAUAUGAAAUCACCUGCUAAUGUUGGCCCGCAACGUCAUAAGUGCAUACAUCAGGCAUCUAUUACUUGUCGCGUGCACUGACAUGCAUUCAAUUCGGCAUUCUUUCUAAGGCUAAUUAUCAUUUUGACUCUUUUUCGAGUUUUCCCAUAUUUAAGAUUCCAUCAGACUCAUUUAGAGAAAAGCUUCAAUGGAUGUGUGCCACUUUCGUGUGGCGUUUUGAAACAUUUUUUAAACAACUUUAAGCUUUUGUUCUGCAAACCAAUUUUUAUCAAUCAUUUUUGGGGCAUAAUGUUCACAAUGAAUUAUUGGUUGCCUCCAUUAUCUGUAUAGUGGAGUAGUCUAAGCAGUCUCUUCUAAUCUCGGCUGCUUAAGUAUAAAAUAACCACCGCCAGACAUAUUGCCUGGUCUCUGCUUCGCUGGUUAAUGGAGCCAUACUUUGGAGUCUUCAGCCAAGGCAAAGAGCGUUGUUUUCCUAUUCUUUUUUUGUCCAUACAAAAUGCAAUGGAAACAAAUUCCAUAACAUUUACUCUAUGUUGCCAGGAUUUCCCAGAGGUUCUACAAAUAAGAAAUUUAUUCAUGAGAAAUCUUUUUUCUAUCUGUGUAUUUAAUAAAUGCGCACCGUGGCGUUUUAUUAGCGUAUAGUUGGGUAUAGAUCAGGUGUUCUGCAUUCACCAUUUAUACUAUUUAUAUAAGCCUUAAAAAUUUAUUCCUAUGGAAGGAUUUAUCAGGGCUCAUUACAAAAAAAAAAAGAAUGCUUUUGGAAAUAAUCUGUCAUCAUUAUGAUUUCUGUUUGUCAUUUUUCCAUUAUCACUAUAAAUGUUUAAAACUAUAAUAGAGAGUUAUCACCGCCCUGUCAAAAAUUUUACAUAUUCUUCAGCAUCUUCGUCAUUGCAUGUAGCCUCCCUGGGGUAAUGCCAAGACUAUUGAUAGAAGGGUUACUUAAAUGGCAAAACUAAAAUAAGUAUAUUCAUAUGUGCGUAAUAUAAAUUGCGUGUUACUAAGCGACACUGGUCUGUUAGUCUGUACGUGUGGUGAUGAUUUUUAAAGACAAUUUUCAUUUAAACAAUCUAUGGGUCCUGGAAAGCCAGAUACAAGAGAUACAUGUUUAGAGAAUCUACAUACCACAGCUUUGCUGCUUUUAAAGGAUAUUCUUCUACAAAGAACAAUUAGACACCCACGAAUCUUGAGAUUUUAUGAGAAUCUCAGAUAAACCUCCCUUGGACCUUAUCAAACCAUAUAACAUUGAAUCUCCUACUGGGAAGUGCCAAGUUCGACCACGCUAGAACCGCUAUCGCGUCUUGGAAAACAGUCGUGUUUCGCUGGGAAGAUGGAGAACACAUCGCUCGCAGGUGAUCCGUUAAAUCGACAUGAGGCGCAGUUUUACAUUGAGAUGUUCUUGGGAAGUCUCAUUCUUUUUCUCUCCGUACUCGGCAAUUCACUUGUUGUGUACGUAGUGAACAAAGACCCAAGCCUCAAAUCCACUACAAAUCUACUGAUUCAGAACUUAUCGAUGACGGACAUUGCGAUGGCGACCACCAACAUGCCAUUCUGGCUCAUCUCCCUGUAUCAUGGCCGGUGGAUAUUUCCGCAGUUCGUCUGUGACUUGGACUCGUUCACGAUGUUCGCGUUCGGGUCAGCAUCCAUACUUACCAUGGCAGUAAUCGCGCUGAAUCGCUACUUCAAAGUCGUCAAGGCUAACAAGUACAAGAGACUGUUCGGCUCUCGCAAGGUGGUGUGGGUAUAUUGUGCGGCGACGUGGCUCGUAGGCAUGAUGUUCGCGACCCCGCCCUUGUACGGGUGGGGCUUGUAUGAGUACCACAUUCAAUUCUCCACUUGCUCAUUGAUCUGGGAUCUCAACCGGAUCUCGUUCGUGAUCGUGUUCAUUGGCGUGUUCGUGAAUAGCGUGACGAUCACCAUAUUCGUCUGCUACUACAAGAUCUACAAGACGGUCAAGAUCACCUCACAUAACCUCGCCUCGCACGGGGGCACCGCGGAAGCGGCCGCGCGCGUGACCGAGAUCAAGGUGAUGAAGUCUACCUUUGCGGUGGUGUGUUGCUACCUCAUCUGCUGGAUGCCUGUGUCUUUCGUGUGCGUCACGGAGACGGCUGGCGGGGUAAUGCCUCGCGAGGUCUACGCCGUCGUCAUCUUUCUGAUGUACAUCAGCAGCUGCAUCAACCCGCUCAUCUACGGCAUCAUGAACCCACAGUUUCGGCGGGCUUUCCUCGCGGUAGCCAGAAUGUCAAACUUUACUGCUGCCACAGCUGCCUCGGCCAACGAGAGUGGCAACAGUAACACCAGCCGUGUGCACAUCGCACCGCAACAGGCGAAGAAAGAAGCAUUUACCGUGGAAGGGACUGAGGUGGUGGUGUGACAUGAUGGCGUGACAUUAUGGUCUGGAUUGACAGCGUGACAUGUUGGUGUGACAUGAAGGCGUGACAUUAUGGUCUUGAUAGAUAGCGUGACAUGAUGGUGUGACGUGAUGAUGCGAAAUAGUGCUUUGACGAUGAUGAUACAUCAUGGAGUGACGUCCUGCCGUGACGUGGCCCUGGAAUGAUGGCGUGACAAUCAUUCCUUUUGAGAGCGUUGUAUUAAACCUGUAAAUCUGCAUACGUAUUUAAGUUAUAUAAAGUGACAGGAAUUGUAAGUCAUAAUUGAAAAAAAAAACACUGAAUAGACCAGAUAUCUAUCAAGAUGAUGUACAGAAACUCCCAAGUGUAUGGAACUGCAGGAUACCAACUCACCCAGAGCCUACUGUCGAGUUGCCAUAGUCCGCAGUCUCCAUUCAUUAAUUUUAAUAAAAAAGGGACAAUUAACUCUCCCCAAAAGCAAACAAGGUCCUCGGCCCCUUGCGUAGGACGCUUAAAUCAUGCUCACAGAGCGUGAGAGAACGCGGCUCUACACCAGCAUGGUUAGGCCUAUUCUUGAAUAUGCUGCCCCGGCAUGGAGUCCUCACACAGUCAAAGAUGUCCAGAAGCUGGAGCAAGUUCAAAAGCGUUUCGUUACCAGCACUUACCACCCUAUAGCGAGUACCUCCGAGCUUGUGUUAUCUCUAACUUGGGACACCCUCGAAGUCCUUAGGCUACUAGCGCAGGCUUGCUUAUUCUAUAAGAUCCACAACCACUGUGAACGUUAAAUUCCCGCCGUGUAUCCUGUCAAAUCCCAGAGCAACCCAAAGAAUCCCUACCAAUAUAGGCAGAUCCAGUAUAGUAUUUUCACUCAUAGUUACUCUUUUUUCCCUAGAUCAGUUAGGAUAUGGAACCUGCUACCCUCUGAGGUAGUGGGUUCCCAAUCCCUAGAUUAUUUCAAAUCUAGCGCCUUGCCAGCAAUUCGAUCCUUGCGGGUCCCUGGCCAUCUGCGACGUUUCUAGACCUGUCGCCACCACCUAGAUAUUAGCGCAAGCUAGAAUAGGUUAAUUAUAUUUAAGUAUUUAAAACUUUGAGCUCUGUAUGAGUUCGAGAAACCGGGAGGUGAGAAAAAUAUUAAUGGUAUUUAGAAAAAUAUCCAUGAUUAUAAGUAAUGAAUGAUCAAUAUAAAAAAACAAAAAUCUAAGAAGUAAAGAAUGAAGUGAAAUUCUUAAUAUAAGUUUCAUACUUCUAAAGAAGUUACAAUUAUAAGGGUGUCAACAUACAAAAACAAUUUUGAAGGGGAAAUAACGGGAUAUUAUGCGGGUAACAAAUAUAAUAAAGAAGUCUCGUAAAUUACCAUCACAAUUAUCAAACAUCGCCCCGCUAUUGAAUUGACCAAACGCAGCUCGACCUGUUUUUCAAGGUAGAACUACAAUUGGUUCGAAAUAUCGGAUGAUCAAGAAUGAAUGAACAAAGGGUAGAUAUAAGACAUACAGUAUAGCUACACACCAUGUACAUGUACACAGCGAAUAAAAAAGGCAUCUAGA